AGGUAUAUAAUAAAAGAAAAUUAACUCAGUCAUGUAUAUUUUAUGAUGAGAUAAUCUUGAUCACUUGGCAUAUAUACAUAAGCAGUAUACUUAAUACUUUGAUAAGCAUUCAACUAGUCGACAUGUUGUAUUUACAAACAAUUCGUAUGAGAAUAGUCACUUAAAAUAAAAAAAGUCAUUUCAGUAUUUAAAUGUCUUUCAGGAGAACUGCUCAGAUGACAUUGAAUUAGGAACACCUACUGUGGUGACAAAUAGGCAGACGUACAUGUAGGCUUGUGGCGCAGCUGAUACGGCAGACAUAGAGUUUAUAGACAUACCAGCUCCUCAUCAGAGAAGACAGUUUAGUUUGCGUAGAGUGUCUCCUUCAGCCACAGUAAUAUACAGUGAAACAGCUGAUAUGUCAGGUAGUAUCAACAACCACUCUAUAGAACCUGAUGCCGACACAGUAGAAGAUCAGUCUUCCAACCAGACAAAUGAUGUUAUGUCAGCGGAAGAGUAUUUUGAACAAGAUGACAUCCAGUUGGCCAUUGAAGAAAGUUUUUUAAGUAUUUGUAAUAGCAAUAAGGAAGAGAAAGACAGCUUACUGUUGAAGAAAUGGGUUGACAAAGCACUACAGCCCUCAGAGCCACAAAUAAUAGUUGUUCAACGGGAGAGGCUGUUACAAACGACGUUAAGAGUUGUUGGUAAAUCUACUUUCAACUGGUCACAGCCGCUGCGAAUAGUAUUCUCUGGUGAAGAUGGAGAUGACCAAGGAGGUCCAAAGAGAGAAUAUCUCUGGUUGCUGAGCAAAGCUGUUGCUGAGGCUUCCUUGUGUGGCCCUGAGGGAAACAUGAUCUUCGCCCAUGAUGGUGAAAAGCUUGAGCACAUGACAUUUGAAAUGUAUGGUAAAUUGACAGCAUACAAUGUCCUUAAUGGUGGACCAGGCCUACCGAUGAUCAGCACCAUGCUGUACUCCUUCAUGACUGACCAGGACAUAAAACCCCAUGUAGACAUUCUUAUGCCUUCCCAGACCGAGGAAAUUUCUUGCAUUAAGGAGGUUUGUAAUUUAUUCCAUGCUGAAAUUACCCAAUUUGUUAAUGGACUGGAUAAAGUGGGUUCGUUGCACAAAGAGAUCCUCCAUGCACCUGAAGCAUUUUCUAGUCUGUUUGUUCACCAAGCUGUUCAUCUAAAGUUUGACACAUUCAGAUUAUUGUAUGAAGUGAACUUCAGUCCAGAGGGUUCCAAUAACCGAAGGUUGGAGAAGGAUACAGUAUACUGCUUGGAGGCAUUCUUGAUUGAAUGUGAUGGCAAAGAAAAUGACAUAGCCUUGGCAGAUGUACUGAUGUUUUGGACAGGAACAAGUUCUGUGCCCCCCAUGGGGUUUGACAAAAAACUUGAAGUGGACUUUGUUACGGCUGAUAGAAAACUGCCUGUAGCCCAUACCUGUGGCAUGGUUUUAGAACUUGUGCGUGCGUUAGCUGAUCCUGAUUUAUUCAAGGAGGAUAUGGGGAAAGCUAUUAAGUGGAGUGGAGGAUUCCACUUAUGUUAA